GAGGACUUGGCCUUGUUUACAAAAGGAAAACGGUGCUGAUGAGCCUUUGGAGAAGGGCUUGUUUUUUGGGGGGAGGCUGGGGGUGAGUUUAAGGGUGUAAUAGUAACCCUAUGAGGAAAGGAGAAGUUAGCUGAUUUGCCCAAAGAAACCGACAUAUUGGAAGUGUUAACGCAUCUAGAAGCCGGGUAGAGAAGACCACGAUUGCUUGCGGCCGUGACAACUCACAAUUGGGAGCGUAUCCAGCUGGAAAGAUGGCAACCGAAGUGCUCCAUCAGUCCUACGAGUGUAUUGACCCGAACCGGGGCAAAAGGCAAGUGUACCGGAUGCCCUUGAAGAUUCUGGAUCCUGGCCGGUCAAAACUGACCACCGUCGAGACGAAGAGGAUUAUAUCCGUCUUGGACGAGACCAUCCUUAAAGUGGAGCUUGUCAGUACCUUCUCUCACGUCACGGAAAAUCUCGAGGAAUUCAGCGCAGUGUUGGGACCAGAACUUACGGGAGCUCUGAAGGAACACCUGCGGCUUUCAAACACUAUGGAAGCCACGCUUGCCCGGCUUGAAGGAGAAGGGGUUCUGCAAAACGGCGGAGCCAAAGGAGACCUGUACGGGGCUGAGGAUCCAGGAGGCUACCUCACCUUGCACGUACAGGGCUUGAGAAGCUCGGUCCGAAAUAUCGUGCGCCUCUUUUUUGCCAACCCCAUGGCUUGUCAGGCUGUGAGAGAGGUCGCCCACACCAGGCAUCCCAAUGCCAAUUUGUUCAUUAAAAGCCUUUCGGAGCUCAGGGGCUUCUUGUUUGAGAAGCUUCUGACGACUCCGUUGGAAGAAAAAGAAAAAAGGCGGUUCAUGAAGGAGAUCUCCCAGCGGGACAAGAAAAACAUGGAGAUAAUUGCAGCUUUGAUGGAGGAGCUGACUGCAGCGAUCCAGAAUCGAGACGAUGAGAUCUCUAGGAUGAACGCUGCGAUCAAGGAACUCAAGACCCACUUACACAAUCUCGCCAAGUUCUCCGAAAGCCAGAUCCAGCGCACCCGGACGGAAGCGGAGAAGCAGCAGAAGGGGGAGGCGCGCGGAUCUCAGGCGAAAUGCACCAAGCUGCAGCAAGAGCUGCAACUUCUCCGGGCCCAGCUCAGUGCCCUCAUUGCUGAGGAUCGAGAGUCGGAGCUUAACCUCCGAAAGAAGAAAUACAAAGUGGAGAUGGAAAUAGAGAACUGGGUUCAGAAGUACGAUAUCGAGAUGAUAGAAAAACAGGAGGAGAUUGAGGAGAUCGACGUGGUCUACACGGUGGAGAAGGCUCAGCUGGCGGAGCUGCGGGAGAAAUUUGCGCUGCUGGAUCAAGAGUACAGCCAGAUCAAGGAGGAGCGGAGGGUGAGGCAGGAGCAGAGGGAGAAGGCCGAGAAGGAGAUGGCCAUCCUGGUCCGAGCCGCCACGCUCAUCCAGGCCUUGUGGAAGGGCUACUUGGUGAGGUCGCUGCUGCGCUCCAAAAGGAAGAAGAAGGGCAAAGGGAAGAAAGGCGGCAGGAAGUGAAGCCUCGAUCCAUCCCUGCCUCUCUGGACACAGGCCGCUGAGACGGCCCCAGGGAGCUCAGAUGAGAUAUUUAAUCCUCCUGAGGGAGGUUUGUUCCUUAAUAAAGGCGAUCAGCCAAGAGUUGAACAAAA